CAUGACUCAUUUGUUAUCUAAGUUAUAUUGAAUAUAACAUAAUUCUUUCACAUAGGCAAUACAAAACUCCCUUAAAAUACCUAAAUAGUUCGGUAACUUGUUCAAAAAGGUAACAUGAAAUUUGUCUUAUAUGAAUAAAUUACAAUACAUAUUACAGGCUUAUACCUUGCAGUAGAUAUGUAUGUAGUUCAAAAUUUUUUCACUUCAAGGGGCAGCACCAUACAAAUAUAUAUUUGAUGUCACAUUUAACAAAUUUUUGAAACUCGUUAAAAAUUGGAAUUGAUUUAGUGCUGCUGAAUACCGUAUACAUUCCAAAAGCACUCCUUGGUGGACUUUGGAAAGAAAAGAAUCUAUUGAAAGUCAGGCAAAGGAGAAUAAUACUUUUGGACAUAAUGACUGAGGUAAAAAUAUUAGACGGUAGUUUUUCUACUCAACUGGCUACACACAUUGGACCAAACAUAGACGGUGAUCCUCUGUGGACUGCACGUUUUCUUGCUACUCAAGCUGAAGCUGUCUUUGCAACUCAUCUUGAUUUCUUGCGAGCUGGUGCUGAUAUAAUACAAACCAACACGUAUCAAGCGUCUAUCAGUGGCUUUGUACAGCAUUUGGGGAUCAGUAAAGAAGAGAGUCUUAAAUUGAUAUACAGUGCCGUAGAUCUAUCUAAGAGAGCUGUAAAAACAUACCUUGAAGAGAUAAAAGGUAAUGACAAUGUAGUCAACCCAGAGCCACAAAUUAUUGGUUCGUGUGGUCCCUAUGGAGCCUCCUUGCACGAUGCCUCUGAAUACACUGGAUCUUAUGCUCAAGAUGUUACUGCUGAAUUCAUCGCUGAGUGGCAUAAACCACGUAUAGAAGCAUUAAUCAAGGGUGGAAUAGACUUACUUGCUCUGGAGACAAUACCUUACAAACUUGAAGCUGAAGCAUUGAUCGAUCUAUUAAAAAGAGAUUUUCCUAAUGUAAAGGCCUGGCUAUCCUUUUCAUGUCGUGAGGAUGGAAAAAGUAUUGCUGACGGUAGCAACUUUCAAGAAGUUGCAUUGAGCUGCUACAAGAGGGCAUUACCCAAUCAAUUAGUUGCAGUUGGUGUUAAUUGUCUUGCACCACAUCUUGUCACAUCAAUGAUUAAGGGAAUUAACGAUAAUUCUGGUAUGAAUCAUGUUCCCCUGGUUGUUUAUCCAAAUAGUGGAGAAAAAUACUCAGUUAGCGAAGGAUGGAAGAAGGAAAAUGAUUGUAAUCCGCUGGAGAAAUUUAUUCAUGAAUGGUUGGAUCUUGGAGUUAAGUAUAUUGGAGGAUGUUGCAGGACAUCUGCCAAAGAUAUAGUCACUAUACGGGAACACGUAAAAAGUUGGCAGUCCGAGGUAAAUGCCAAAAAACGUUAAACCACAAACAUAAAACUUCAAACAUCUAUUUUGUAUUUUCUUAUCUAUACAAGAAUAAAAAUAUACAUAUAUAACGUUA